AAAGGAGGGGGCGGGUCGCCGAGUAGGUUGUAAGUCAAGAUGGCGUUAGCGAUUUCCGCGGCGAGGGUCUGGGGGCCUAGGCGCCAGGCUGUGCCCCUGUUGCUGCGGCAGCUUGGGGCGCGGGGGCUGACUAGAUCCCUCCCCAGGUGGCAGCAGCAGCAGCAGUUCUCCUCCCUGGACGACAAGCCGCAGUUCCCCGGGGCCUCGGCGGAGUUCAUAGACAAGCUCGAGUUCAUCCAGCCCAAUGUCAUCUCGGGCAUCCCCAUCUACCGCGUCAUGGACCGGCAGGGCCAGAUCAUCAACCCCAGCGAGGACCCCCACCUGCCCCAGGAGAAGGUGCUGAAGUUCUACCAGAGCAUGACGCUGCUCAACACCAUGGACCGCAUCCUCUACGAGUCCCAGCGGCAGGGCCGGAUCUCCUUCUACAUGACCAACUACGGUGAGGAGGGCACACAUGUGGGGAGUGCGGCCGCCCUGGAAAACACAGACCUGGUGUUUGGCCAGUAUCGGGAGGCAGGCGUGCUGAUGUACCGGGACUACCCCCUGGAGCUGUUCAUGGCCCAGUGCUAUGGCAAUGUGAGCGACCGGGGCAAGGGGCGCCAGAUGCCCGUCCACUACGGCUGCAAGGAGCGCCACUUUGUCACCAUCUCCUCUCCACUGGCAACGCAGAUCCCUCAGGCGGUGGGGGCAGCCUACGCCGCCAAGCGGGCCAACGCCAACAGGGUCGUCAUCUGCUACUUCGGGGAGGGGGCGGCCAGCGAGGGGGAUGCCCACGCAGGCUUCAACUUCGCCGCCACACUCGAGUGUCCCAUCAUCUUCUUCUGCCGGAACAAUGGCUACGCCAUCUCCACGCCCACCUCUGAGCAGUACCGCGGGGACGGCAUCGCGGCACGUGGCCCUGGCUACGGCAUCAUGUCAAUCCGCGUGGACGGCAACGACGUGUUUGCCGUGUACAACGCCACGAAGGAGGCCCGGCGGCGGGCAGUGGCCGAGAACCAGCCCUUCCUCAUUGAGGCCAUGACCUACAGAAUCGGCCACCACAGCACCAGUGACGACAGCUCCGCGUACCGCUCAGUGGACGAGGUCAAUUACUGGGACAAGCAGGACCACCCCAUCUCCCGGCUGCGGCACUUCCUGCUGAGCCGCGGCUGGUGGGACGAGGAGCAGGAGAAGGCCUGGAGGAAGCAGUCUCGCAAGAAGGUGAUGGAAGCCUUCGAGCAGGCCGAGCGGAAGCUGAAGCCCAGCCCCAGCCUGCUCUUCUCGGACGUGUAUCAGGAGAUGCCCCCCCAGCUCCGCAAGCAGCAAGAGUCCCUGGCCCGGCACCUGCAGACCUACGGGGAGCACUACCCCCUGGACCACUUCGACAAGUGAGGCCUGGGCCCUGCCCCUCAGCCGCCCAGCGGGCAGUCCCCCGUGAGGGACAGGGGAGCCAGCAGGUGCUCCCGCUGGAACCUUCGGGCCUGGGUUCCUGGCACCUGAGACUGGAAUGCGGGUGGCUGUGCACCCCGUAUCUGCCCCUGCAGGCUGUCUGUUACACGUAGGGGGCAGUCUGCCAGGUAUGAGGCCCUGGCACCCCCUCACCUACUGUUACGGUGCCUUCCCAGGGCACCUCCAGGAGGGAAGCUCCUCUGGACGGGGGGGUGGGGCAGCUGAGUGAAUAAACUGUCUCUGCCCUCGG